CUUACAAACACGUUCAUCUCUACUCGCUUCCUAAACCGCGGAGAAGUUCCAUAAAGAAUGCAAAAGGAAUCACGAUCAGAAAACAGUUACAUAGCACUCACCAUCUCGAGGAAGAGAUGUCGCUGAAAUUACGAGUAGGUGUUAGGAAAACAAGGCAAAUUCCCUUCAUCAUGAAACUAGUGAGGUUGAGAAAAAUCUAAAGAAAGACAUGAAGACAGAAGACAAAUGAGCAUAUCGGUCACACUGGAUACUCAAUUAGUUAAGUUCGGAAUUUCAUUCUAAGCUAAGUGAUUUGAGAUGCCAGACGCUUUAGCCCAAAGAGGAAUGGGACUAGACAUGGCCGUGGCAUGCACAAGACAGUCUCGUCUCAUUUCCUACUCGGCCAUAGAGUCCUUUAGAUUGCUAAACAUUCGUCUAUGUGACCCUUACAGAAAAACCCGCUUGCCAGCAGUUUAUAUGCAGGCUACAUUUUACGUAUCUCCUUGAAUGAAUUUAUAGGGUGUGCCAAUUUGGCGGAUUGCCAUGAAAUAGACCAAUUUCGAUGGUAUCAAAAUUCUGCCUAGCACAAUAGACCUCAGCACUAGGCUCUGGGGAAUAAACCCCACAAACUCUGUAGUUAUUUGUGCUCCCCCUCUCUUUCUGGAGGGGCAGGAGGGUAUACAUUUGGCUCAGAUAUUCAUUUCAGUGUCGGAAUACUGGCUUGCAUUCAUCUUGGCAUGGAGAUUUUACGAAAGCUUGUUGGGAAACUGGCCUCUUUGCAACGCGGGACAUAAACGUUGAACAGUUAUUUUAUGUCUUGAGGGGAUAUGGUGUUUGGAGUGACGAAAAUAGUGCUUUUUGUGACAUCCUGAUGACACAUCAGGUAUGACACAUCAUCGCGACCUUGAGAACCUGGCCUGGCUACCAAGCCUUUUACCUCCCAGGCUUCUCGUCCAGUGAAAAGCGCGCUCGCAACUGGCGGAAAAAUCUCCACAAAUUUUUGUACAAUAUUCGUUCCUUCCAUCUUUGGUUUGGGUGUUAAUACUUCAAAAGAGAAUGGUCAAAAUAGCCAUUCAAGAGAUGAACACGACAGACUGGAAGAGGCUAAAGAAGUGACUUUGAACUAAUAGGCGGUGACGGUUGGAUUAUGUUCAAAGAGUCAUUUGCAUAAUUUAUGUAACCUAUCAAAUUCCAUUUCCUUAGCAGCGAACAAGCGUCUCCAAUAGAUCGAAAGCCAAACGUCAAAGAUGGCGACAUGGAAAAUAUUUUGGAUUACCUUGGUAUUUGUUGCCAUCCAUUUCCAUGCGAUAACUUGGGCAGCAAAUGUGACUCUUUUUAAGCCUAUUACAGCAAGCGCGACUUGUGGUUUGUCCGGAGUGGAAGACUAUUUCAGCGUUACGGAAAGGAACAAACCUCCUCGACAGAGAGACGUGUCUUACUGCGAUGCAUCAAAUGCCAGUCUUUCGCAUAACGCAUCACAAAUGGUGGAUGGCGAGUUAGCCACAUGGUGGCAGGCUCCGAAUUCUAUCGAUAACGUCUCGAUCACCAUUGAUCUUCGAGGAGAACAUCAAAAGUUUUACUAUGCAAACAAGCUGGUGAUUCGUUUUGGUGAAUACUUCCGUCCUGGUCAACUUGCCUUCUACAAGUCCAGCGAUUAUGGUCAGACUUAUGAGCCGUGGCAUUACUUUGUGUCAACUGCCGAUCCUAAUGAAUGCCAGGACAAGUUUAAUAGGCCAAUUAUCAACAAUCCAGUUACAGUAGAUCAGGUCCUUUGUAUGGUGUAUACAACUCCACAAGUUGAUCGAAAUGAUGAGGUCUCCUUGUUUGUGGUUGGUCCAAGAGGAGAUGUUAUGAAUCCUUCUAAUGAACUGCUGCAAUGGAUGAAUGUUACCAAUAUACGGCUGGAUUUUAUGUCACUUCACCUGAUGUUUGAUCUAUAUGCUGAGAGAUGGCAUCACUAUGCAGUUAGAGAAGUCGAGGUAGAUGCUUACUGCCUGUGCAAUGGACAGGGAAAUGGGUCUGAGUGUUUUUACAAUGCCACACUGGGUGACAAUCAGUGUAAAUGCCAGCAGGGAGCUUGUGGUAUAGAU